AUGUUCCAGCGAUCACUCCGGGCACCCGCCCUGCGCGGAGCCCUCGCCGCCCUGCGGCCGACCUCCACCUCAUACAGCCUCCUCCCACGAAUCGGCGCCUCGCUGUCGCAAACGAGACUACUCUCUAAUGAAGUACGAAAGGCGAUAGACAGGGCUGUAGCGUCGGCGCCGGUGGUAUUGUUCAUGAAAGGCACGCCGGAGACACCGCAGUGUGGGUUCAGUCGGACAUCGAUCCAGAUUCUGGGUCUGCAAGGCGUAGACCCGCGGAAGUUCACAGCUUUUAAUGUCCUGGAAGACGAAGAGCUGAGAAGUGGCAUCAAAGAAUACUCCGACUGGCCAACGAUUCCUCAGUUGUACGUCGACGGCGAAUUCGUUGGCGGCUGCGACAUCUUGAUCAAUAUGCACAAGGACGGCAGUCUGGCGGACCUUCUCUCGGCAAAGAAAGUCAUAGUGGAAGACGACGCCGAGCCCGAGCACGAGGACGUCGAGGGCCAGAAGGCCGAAGAGGCCCGCGAGACGACGGAACAAAGCACUGGUGGAAGGUCGAAAGAUGCGAAGGGGGAGAGCUCAUGA